UCAGUUCUCGGGUUAAAUCUCUGGUGGGAGGUCAAGGCCUGCGAUCGGAGAGAAAGAGAGAGAAAGAGAUAGAUAGAUAGAGAGAUUGAGGUUGAUAGAGAGAUUUCUGAUAGAUCUCUCUGCUAAUUAUUAUUAUUGUUAUUUGUUUAUUUAUUUUGUAUUUUUUUCUAGUUUGGAAAUUCAAUGGAUUGAUCACAACAUAUACCUAUAGACCUGAAUCUUUUUUCGGUGGUGUUUUUUUCCUCCUUAACCCUUCCCCCCUACCGACCCGCGCGUAAAUCCACAGAGUCAAUAUUAAUAAAUUUCAAGCGAGGACAUCUAUACCGCGAUCAUGCACUGGCAAGAGGGACUGUUGCUGUUGCUUAUUGCAGCGGCAGGAUCGACUACCAUCCCCGAUGAGUCCCUAAACGUGACGAGAGUUAUGGAAUACGUGACUUGUUCGCCGGACAAGUUCGAGUGCCCAAACAAGGAGAAGUGCAUCCCCCUGAGCUGGUGCUGCGACGGAACAGUUGACUGCGACGAUGGCUCGGACGAGGCCCCCGACAUCUGCCCAGGUAUGUUCGCUGCGCCAAACCAGGCAGAGAGAUAUUCGCAUCAAUGGAGGUAAAUAUUACUUAAUAUAGUGGCGUCGGCUCGAAACGGAUGGAAACAUAGAACUACAAGUACAUAUGAACAGAGAG